UACAAUUAGAUGAGAUGCUACACAACACCAACAGGUGUGCAGCUGACCAAAGCAAGGUUGUGAAAGAUUUGAAGGAAAAGGGACCAAAAGCCAUGACAAGUAGAGAGGACCUCUCCAACUGUAUUAUACUCAAACAAAGUACACUGCACUAUAGGGACACAGAGAAACUCAGACAGUUGUUUGUUUGCUUUAAUGAUUUGUUCAUAGAUUAACUUGUGAAAGUUUAAAUCUGACAAAUCAAACUAGGGCUGUUUGAUAAUCAAAUCAGUUAUUUUGAAAUGCAGAAGAAGGCAAAGAAAUGUGCAAUACAGUGCCAGACUUUUACACCAUAAACCACGUUGAGAAUGCUCUUAAUGUAUGUUGAAAUAAAUAUUUUCAUAAAGAUUAAUGUCUCUACAUUUUUAUCUUCAUCAUAUGUGGUUUCAGUAGCAGCAGUAUGGCAGUGGAAUAGUGAGCUAAGCAAGGGAUGUUCAUAUAGCACAUUUCAGUCAUGCAGCAUACAAUUUGAGCAAUGGGGGGGGGCGUAGAGCUUUAUGUCUAGCAAUGGCCCUAUCUGUAGUGUAAUCUAAGUGCUGAAGUGCAUCCAGUUUUUCAGCUCUGUGUGUGUCUGUUUGAUCAAGGUCAGGGCACAGAUCAGACAAUAGGAGUACGCCCAUGUAUUCCCUGAAUUCGCAUAAAGUGCUUUCUGCAGGGUGAUAUAAAGGUGUGCCUGUAUUUAUUUGUGCUUUAGAAAAAAUAAAUAUAGCCACACCUGCAGGGAACUGCAGAGAAGGAGGUAACAUUUUAUUUCUCUGAUUCAGUGCUUUAUUUUACUAGCACCGCUUCCUCUCUUCAUUCACAAACUACAGCGCUCAUUAUAAUUUACUUCAAAUUUAAUUUAUUUGUUUAAAAAGCGCUCUACAACACUCAAAGGUGCUCAAAGUGCUUCACAACAAAACAUAUAAAAAUAAAAGGAGAACAUGUUAAGACGCAUAAACUAACAAAAUAGAAAACAAGUUAAAAUUACACAAAUUUAAAACCACUAUACUACACUACAGUGGUGGAAGAAGUAUCACGUGACAGGAGGAGCUGCAGGCAAAGCAAGUUUUUUGUCCUGUGAAAUGAAAGUGAACGUGCACCUUCUUCAGCUGCACAGCUCAGAGUGGAACUCUUGCUACAAAGGGAUUUCUACCAAUGUAUCAUCAUGGGUUUAAUCUUAAAGAUGCUUAUUUACUUGUGCCUAUGUGCAGGUGUCCUGUGUGUCCAUGAGAUGUCAGAGCUGCCCUGCCAGUUCACUGAAGAGCACGUGUUUCUGAACAAGACUAAUCACACAUACAGAGAGGCCACGUUGCAGUUUGGUCAAAAAGGAGAUGCUCCCAUUAACCCACAUGCCAUCACUUUCCUGGUCACUGCAUCCAAGUUGGACCUGCGGCGCUAUGUAAAGGGGGUGGAGGCAGACGAGUUGGAGCGUGAGCUGCGUAGGUACAGUACAGAGGGCAUCCAUGUCCGCUGGCCUGUCCAGGGGGCUCAGGAGUACAACCACUGGUUCAGCUACACCCUGAAACACAGCAAGGGCAGGUUCACUGUCACUGGCUUCCUCAGACACCCAACUGACCAGCCCCUCUCAGGACAGCAGGACUACCGCAGCUGGCCUGCUAUCGGGGACAGGGACAUACUCACAACAACAGUUGUCAUGGUCAUCAAAACAGAAACUCCAUCAGUGAAAGCAGGCCUGGGCUCCCAGCAAAAGCUCCACUGCCAGUUUGCUGUUGACCACAAGGGGCCAAACCUCACUGUGGAGUGGCACCGGCAUCAUCGGGGAGAGAGAACCAGACUCUUCAGCCAUAACAGCCUCUCAGGGCAGAAACAGCGAACUGGGGUUGGGCUGAUGAGCCUGGCAGGCGGGGAUGCCUCCUAUACAGUCCCCUUCACCAAGAUGACCAGCGAGGGGACGUACAUUUGUUCAGUGUCAGUGAGUCCACUGUUUGCCCUCCUGGAUAUGAAAUUGCAUGUCGAAGAACCUCCCCAUGUCUCCAUCAACGUUGAACGUGUUCUCUCGUUGCAGGAGGGUGAGGAGAAGAAGGUUGUUUGUGAUGCGAAGUUCUACUACCCUCUGGAUGUGGACAUAGACUGGUAUGAGCAGAACCCAACAGAAAAGGGUGAGGUGAGACACAUCCACCUGCAACCACACAGAGAGAACAACUCCAACAAAACCUACUUUACCUCAGCAUUCUUCUACCUCAAGGCUUCACUCAAUGAGUCAGGAAAACAGUUUACAUGCUUCGUCUCCCACCAGUCACUGAGAGUGCCCAUCAAAAAGAGCUUCAUUCUGAAUGUGCAAGGGCCAAGCAGCCUGAAAUUCAUCCUCACUGUCAGCACGGCUGUGGUCACAAUGUUCAUCUUGCUUUACUACCUGCACACAGCAAGAAAGAAAUCAGUGCAGAAGAAACUAUACUGAGCACCUCAGUGGCCAGAACAAAACAAAAACACCAGCAGAGGGAGACUGGCUGCCUCAGAACAUCUCAGACAUAUGAUUUUUGUUAGUUUCAGAAAGUGAAGCUGGGUUUCUAUGAAGCACUAUGGUACAACCUCUGUUGUUUUUAAACAUGCUAUAUAAAUUUUGAUUGGUUGAUUCUG